AUGGCUGCGUUCCUAUACGAAGACCCAAACCCAACAUCAGAAUACAUCGAUCGGCAGCAAGGAUACUCCCAAGAUGAAUAUCGUGAAAAGUUGAGAUUAUCGUCUACUCUUUACAUCGGCAAUUUGUCACAAUACACCAAAGAGGAGCAGAUCCAUGAACUUUUCUCAUACUGCGGGAAGGUCAAAAAAAUCAUCAUGGGGCUUGACAGAUACAAAAAGACCCCAUGUGGAUUUUGCUUCGUGGAGUAUUUUACACACGAAGACGCUGCAAUAGCUGUAGAUUGCUUAUCUGGAAGUAACCUAGAAAAUCAAACAAUAAGGGUUGAUUGGGACAUAGGCUUUAAAGAAGGCAGACAGUUUGGCAGAGGAAGAGGAGGUGGGCAAAAGAGAGACUCAGUCAAAAAUGAAUACGAAAGAGAAAGAAGUCCUGACAGAAAUGAAGAAGAAGUUGGUUCAAAGCGAAAAAGAAAUUAG